CGUGACUAUAAUAAUCAUAGAAUCAUUCACGUCACUCUAACUUUUCUGACGUAUCCCCCACUUCGUGCAAUAGAAUAGGCUUGGCAAACCGCAGGCGAGAGAGAGAAAAAAGAAAGGAUUACAAACAACGCGUUGUCUUCUGUAUUUAGGCCAAACCGUUGACGUAGCCAAAAAAAAAAAACUAAGGAGGAAAACCUACUAAUGUUUCAUUUUGUAUUCGCAAGUACUUCUUUCGAAGCAAUUAGACUUUCUAACAUUUUUGUAUUCCUACGCAUUGCCCAAAUGCAUCUUCCCUUCAUUAAAGCACUCUCUCUCUCUCUCUCUCUCUCUCUCUCUCAAUCCAAUCUCCAUCACUACGUGUUGCUACCGUUGACUUUUGAAUCCUUGAUCCCCCAUGUAAAGCCCUUACUUUCUGCCGUGACCAUGGCUGACACACACACACCUCUAACCGAUCUCACCACCAUCUUGACCAUUGGAUUACAGGCUGCUUGAGGAGAUGAACACGACCGCCACGGACUCAGGCGGGUUCCUCGGCGGCAACAACAUCGGGGGCCUCGGCUACGGCAUUGGGGUCUCCAUCGGGAUCCUCUUCCUCAUCACCACCAUAACCCUAGCCUCCUACUUCUGCGCACGGAACCUCCAGACGUCGGCCGCCUCCGGGAGGAUGCGGCACCAGCAGCGGCCGCCCCCGCCUGAUCCGGAGCAAGUUGUCGUCGUGGAGGUGGGCCUCGACGAGGCCACCAUCACGGGCUACCCGAAGCUGCUCUAUUCGGAGGCGAAGCUCGAGAGGAUGGGCUCCACCGCAAGCUGCUGCUCAGUCUGCCUGGGGGAUUACAAGGGCACCGACAUGCUCCGGGUGUUGCCCGACUGCGGCCACUUGUUUCACCAAAUGUGCAUCGACCCGUGGCUGCGGCUGCACCCUACGUGCCCGGUGUGUAGGACGUCGCCUCUGCCGACUCCGCUCCCGACUCCGCUUGCAGAGGUGGUUCCACUCGCGAGUAGGAGAGAUUGAAUCAUAUAUAGAUCCUCAUCAAGAAGGGUAUAGGAUUCUGAAUUGGACAUGUUGGUUCCACUGUAAAUGAGCUCAUGUUCUUCUCUUCUUCUAUAUAUAGGGAUAUUUAUUCUUGUUUUUUUUCCCAGCUAAUACUGCAGUUUUCCUUGUAUGAUUAGCCUCAUAUUCUUUUUGGAUCUCCAGAGCUUCUUCUAUAUAGAUAGCAUUUUCUUCAA